UUACACAGCUGGAUUUUCACAUGGAAUGUGGAACUGACAACAUCUGCAUCGACAACCUUAAAGUGGAUUUCAACUUUUCUGGAUACAUAGAAGCUGGAAUAAUGCAGGAUAUGAACAUGACAGUCUUUGUGGAGAACAGAGGAGAAAACUCUUAUGGCAGUCAUGUCAAGGUCACGUAUCCCUUUGGGCUUUCCUUCAGGAAAGUCACCAGCAAACAGGGCAGAGUGGGGUGCGUAUCUGUGGACAGUGAUCAAAAAAUGACAUUGGGGAUAACGACCUGCUACAUUAAUAAACCCAUCUUCAGGGCGAAUUCGUCGGCUGUCUUUGAGAUCACAUAUAGCACAAACAACGAAAGUAACUUUGACAGGAUGGUAAGCUUCACUGCUACUGCUCGCAGUGGCAAUGAUGAACACACAGCUGACAGCGAACUGUCCAUAAAUAAAACCGUCGGUGAGAAGUACGCCAUCUACGUCACUCUAAUAAGGUACGGGAAUUCCAGAAUCCGCUUUAACAUCACUGCAAUGAAGAACAACCUUGAGAAACCUGUCAAUCAAAUAUUCAAGGUGGAGAAUGACCUGAGGGAUGUAAACCUCACGAUUCUCAUCAGAGUACCAAUAAAACUCGGAGAGAAGGACAUCUGGGCCAAUAAGAACUUGCAGAUUCCAGACUGUAGCAUAGACAGAGACGAGAAACCCACAAUCCCUGAUUUUGUGGAGGCACUAAAGAAACAUCAGUCGGUGAACUGCUCUGUGGCUGUGUGCAGACUGUUCAGGUGUAGUGCAAAUCUCAAGAGACAUGACCUGAAAUUCUACAAUAUCUCUGCUAAUGUCAGCUCUGGCUGGAUUGAACAGACUGGACUCCGAUCGGCAGUUUUUGAGCUGGUCAGCACAGCAUCUCUGGAAUAUGACAAAAAUAAAUACUACUAUUUUGAUUCUCUCGACACUGCACAUUUUGAGAAGAUUAAUACCCAGGUGGAGGUGUAUGAGGAGAGGAACCUGCUUCUGGAGAUUAUUGGAGGAGCAAUAGGAGGGCUGCUGCUUUUGGCUCUCAUCACCACUGGCCUCCUCAAGGUCGGCUUCUUCAACAGCCAGUAUACACUGAUAUUGGAGAAACCUGAGGCCCCUGCAGAGUGA